AAAGUAAAUGUAAAGUUGUAAAAAAACCCUAAGUUCCUACCCCUCACUCAGCCUCACUCAGUCACUCUCAACCCUCAUCGCGCCGUCUACUCUAUCUGCGAGGGAAAAUGCAGCUUCAGCCGGAAGAAGAAUCACCGGCGUAGCCCCUGGGAAACGUCUGCCUCGUCGUCGUGGCCUCUGCAAGCACCGUCUCCUCCCGCGUCGAGUCGUGUGCGGCGGCGUCGUGGUCCUCGUUCGUUCCGUCGCAAGCGCCUCCAGUCGCUCCUCGCAUCUGCUUCGUCUGCGCCACUGCUCACCUCCGUCUCUGUCGUCCCCUUGUUGGUUCACUCCUCUGCUGGCUCUGCUCUGUUCGUGCCGAAGCUCUGCUCGUGCGGUCACCUCUCCUCGCCGGUGGCCUGCCUCUUCGACGGUGGAACGGCCCCAACCCGUCGCUGACGGCUGACUUUGGUUCUGCUUCUGACAUUCUGCAGUGUAGAGGAUAGUUUAUGCUGCUCUGCUCAUCCGGCAUUGUCCUUUGCCGCUGCUGGUCUGAUUCGGCUGUCCUUCUUAUCCUGCUGGUCUGGUCUGGUCCAAUUACUUCUCUGCUAAAGGGUUCACUGCUGCUAUUAUUGAUUAUUGAUGAGUAUGGAGAACAAUAAUUUGUAUAUGAACAAGUUUGAAGUCAAAAGAGUAGAAAAUGGCAGAGUUAUCAUCUCAAAUGCAGUAUUGCACAGUAGCGGAAAAAGUGUCAAAAUUCUGGAAGUUUCAAGUGAUGAUAGAGAAGAAGUUGAGAGGCAGAAACGUUGUUUUCAGACUUCCUUGGCACUCUCAUCGAAACUUUUUUUACAAGGACUUUUUUGUUUUCCCGAGAAUAAUGGAAAGAGAUGGGUUUUUAUUUAUGAGAAUUAUGACAUUGAUUUAGCAAAUGCUUGGGCUCGCAAUUGGGACGAAUUCAGGGUUUAUCUCAAACAAUUUUUACUAGCUCUGUCAAGUUUAUACGAAGAAAAGAACAUGCGUCAUGGGAAAAUAAGCCCGUAUAAUUUUGUAAUAAAUGGGGACAGAGGAGGACUCGUUACCGGAGUCGAGGGAAAUCCUUUUCCUAAUUUCAUGAGCAAAGAUGCCGUUGUUAGGGACGAGAUGUGGGAUCUACGUAACAUUUUAUUUUCUUCGCUGAAUCUCGGUGCAUCUUCAAAAGAACUCGAUAUGUUCUUAGAUUUUUUACCAUGGUGUGGAUCAUGGAAGCAGGUGUUUUGUCAUCCGUUUUUCUUAGAUUUUCAACACAGAUGUUAUUAUUUUCUUUUGGCCAACCAAUAUUUAAAUGACUAUUUAAGAAAAUCUAAGCAUGCCAUCCGUCUGGGAGACGCAAUUAAAAUGGAACUUCAGAACCAUCAGAUAUAUAUGAAAAACUGGAAAGUUGGAGUGAACAGAGUGAACUAUCCGGCAAUGAUACACAUUUUGAAUGAUCCAAAUACAAAUUAUGGUUAUGGUUCUAAUGAGUUUCUUCGAUUUGCAAGAAACUGUGUAGCUCACCUAUACAUUGUGACUAAUGGUGGGAUGUGUCAACAAGCUGAAACUUUGGUGAGAAGGAUUGAGGAUUCCUAUCCUGCUUUUUUAUGUGCAGUACAUCGUGUGUUUGUGGCGGCGACAAUUUAUAUUUUUGAUAUGCCUUAAUGGCUGAAUCUUGAUUGCCUCUGCGUGCACUAAUUCAGCUUAUAAAUCUAAUGCAGCAAAAGAGGCCGUUGGAGCAGAAGAUACCCCUUUGGGAGGUUGGUUCAUUCUUACAAAGGAGGACUUUUUUUUUGGAUAAAAUGCUUGGUACUUAUCUCUCAACUAUAAGUAUGCAGGAGGAUGUCCCAUGUGAGUUUAGGGCUUUGUUAGCAAACUUAGUGUUUAUAUGAAAAUUUACUGUGUAUGAAAGUAACUCUGUAAACAGCUAUUUACUAAGCUCUCUAGAUUUUGCAAAGGCUCAAUUUUCAAAGCUUAAUAUAUAUUACUUAUGAAACUGA